AUGGAGAAAGGAAAUACUCCAUUGCAUCAAGCUGCCUCUUAUGGCCAACUACCUAUUGUUCGUCUACUCUUGGCUCGAGGUGCAGACCGAAGAUCGGUCAAUACGCUCGGCAAAACGCCGCUGCAUUUGGCAGCCGAGUUGGGUGAUCUUGAGAUGGUACAAACUCUGAGUAAUGACAGAUCUGUUAUCAAUAUGCAAGACAAAUCUGGAUCGACGGCACUACACUUAGCUGCAAUGGCUGGCCAUCAUGGAGUGGUUCAAAUCUUACUGGACGGUGGUGCGGAUAUAGAAGCUAGAAUCUGA